AUGAAAUUAUUGAAUGAAUCAUCUACAAAGAUUACGAUGCCUUUUCAAUCCUUCAACUCACUGCUCAGCCACAAGAGACACAACUCGGCAAUGGUAUACAGAAACCAAUCAUUCAAUAAAUCGGAUGACACCCUCAGCCGACGAACAAAAGUAGUAGUCACCGAUGUCUGCGAGGGAGACCUUCCCACCAAGGACCCAGACUGUACUAAGAAAAUAAGGUGGACAACAACCCCAAAGAAAGACUACACCAAUGCUGAGUGCUGUAUGUGGAUUGCAGCACAGCUUCGGGCCUGUUACGUCUUUCUUCCACAAUCCUCGGCUACAUCCAUUGCCAAUAAAUUUGUUGGCUCAGGAUACAAAAUGUUCGCGAUGGAGAAAGAAGAUUGGGUAGAGAUGCUCGGGGUUCAUGGCUAUGCCAUAAGAUUUUUGAUUCGAAGAAUUUUGUGGAACAGGAAGACAGCCAUGAAAGCGGGCUUUUCGGCGGCAGCCAUGUAUGAGAUGAGGGGCGAAUAUAAGCCAGAGAUGGAUUCCGAGGAGGAUUUAAAUUGGAGCGGGCUAUAUCCUAUCAAGAAUAGUCCGAUCUGA